CGCCCAGCUCCAUUCGCCCAGCCCCACUUACAUUCACUCCUGUGCGGUCAGCAUGAGAAAUGCAACGAACUCCCCGGAGUAUGAGUGGGAGUACUAUUAUGACUACCUGGAGCCGGUUCCUGUAGAUGAAACACAAUUGAAAUUUCACAAGUAUUCCAUUGUCAUCAUAUUUUGGGUUGGCAUGGCUGGCUUUGUCGCCCUUCUCUUCCUUGUGUUAUUGCAGCUCUCUCGUUCCGGGAAUACAAACAUGGGUCACAAUUCUAAGAAAUCGUGUCUGUGUUGAGGAUGCCGAUUCACUGCUUGGCUGAAUAAGUCGUGUCAUUACAUAAACGUGAAUAAUGCAGAUAUUCACAGUUGAGAAGAUUACUGCAGUCGGUAUUGAAGAGGCCUUAACAAAAAUGCAAACUACCAUACUUGAAGAAAACGAUAUUUGCAAGUCAAAUGGUGGUAAUUUUUCAUUUUUACUAUUUUUGCUGUUAUUUUUAAGUUGUUUCUAUUAACCUGGCUAUUAAUUGAAAUGAAAUGAAAAAUGAUUGUCAUUACUGGACAGUUGAAGGUCGUAGUCUCUCAGACCACCUGAAAUGCCAUCGGCUAUGUAAUAAAUGUGAUUACACAUAAUUCUUCAUGUAUUCUGAGCCUCCAGUGAUGAGUUUCUUGCCAUACCUUAACGCAACAAAAGCCUUAAAACAUGAUAUACUUUAAAUGUAGCGUAAUCUUAGCAUUCAAUGCUAAAUGAGUCUUUGCAAGACUGUUUUGCUUGUGGACAAUUCCUACUUACACAUCCAAAAAAAGAAAAAAUAUGCUUUUCCAGUUUGACUAUUAAAAUUCCUGUCAAAUCA